AAAGAUGUCUUGCAUAAUCAUUAAACCAAUCAGACCGCUUCACGAUGUUUAAGUGAGUUAUAUUCUAACUAAUAAACGUAUUUCGCAGCUGUGACGUAAACGCGUACAGCCAAUCAGGUCAGUGGGCGGGGCUUGUAGAGAGGAAGCGCUUACAGAAUCCUUUCGCUGAAGGAAAGUGGAAAAAAAAUAAAAAGCGUCUCGUGCCCCGUUGCUCGUUCUGUCACGAGCCUUGUCCGUUGGUCUCGAGCGAGCAGAAAGGCACGCAAACCGGUGACGUGGAGCGCGUGCAGCGUUAUACAUUUAUAUAUUGAACGUGAGAAAGAUAAAUUAGUCGCGCGGUCUGAGUGUGUCGGAUUUCGGGUGAUGUAGCCUUUCUGACCGUCUGAUAGCGCUAGCAUAGCUGUUUAGCUAGCUGACUCACAGUGAGCAGAAAAAAACCCCAGGACACCGAAUCCGUUUAUUUCUCCUCCGAGUCGUGUUUAAUAACCGCUCAACAACCGACGACGGAUAUCUCAAUAAUAUUACUUCUAGCUCGUUGGUCAGUAGUCGGUGGAGUUUCGGGGAUCCGGAGUGAAUAAUCAUCUCUUUGAUUGGGUUUGAAUGAAUUCCUGUGAGAGGAAACGUCAAGUGAUAUUUAGGAGCUGAAACUCGGCGCGAGACAGUGACCUCAAUCCGGCCGCGUAUCUGACACACUUCACCGGACUCUCGCGCUGGAACAACCCGCUAGCGACGUUAGCAAACUAGCGCAAAAAAACACCUGAGAACGCCAAGAUCCACAGUCCUGCAGUAGAUUAGCUUCUGAGCUAACCGUGGGCUUUUCUGCUAACCGAAUCCUGUUUGAUCCAGACACAUUUCCAUCUGGAAAUAAUUUGUUAGCCGAGAGAGAGAGAGAGUAAACGAGAGAGAGAGUAAACGAGAGAGAGAGAGAGAGUAAAGAUGCCGGCCGUGUCGAAGGGAGACGGGAUGCGGGGAUUAGCCGUGUUCAUCUCGGACAUCAGGAACUGUAAGAGUAAGGAGGCUGAGAUCAAGCGCAUCAACAAAGAGCUGGCCAACAUUCGCUCCAAGUUUAAAGGAGACAAGGCUCUGGAUGGGUACAGCAAGAAGAAGUACGUGUGUAAGCUGCUCUUCAUCUUCCUGCUGGGACACGACAUCGACUUCGGACACAUGGAGGCCGUCAACCUGCUCAGCUCCAACAAGUACACCGAGAAACAGAUCGGCUAUCUGUUCAUCUCGGUGUUGGUGAACAGUAACAGUGAACUGAUCAGGCUGAUCAACAACGCCAUAAAGAACGACCUGUCCAGCAGGAACCCCACCUUCAUGUGUCUGGCCCUGCACUGCAUCGCCAACGUGGGCAGCAGGGAGAUGGCCGAGGCCUUCGCCGGGGAGAUCCCACGCAUCCUGGUGGCAGGGGACACGAUGGACAGCGUGAAGCAGUCGGCUGCGCUGUGUCUGCUGCGUCUGUAUAAAACCUCUCCGGACCUGGUGCUGAUGGGAGAGUGGACGUCCAGAGUGGUGCAUUUACUGAACGAUCAGCACAUGGGCGUGGUCACUGCAGCCAUCUCCCUCAUCACCUGCCUCAGCCAGAAAAACCCAGACGAGUUUAAGACGUGUGUGUCCCUGGCCGUGUCCCGUCUCAGCAGGAUCGUGUCCUCGGCGUCCACCGACCUGCAGGACUACACGUAUUACUUCGUCCCCGCUCCCUGGCUGUCCUGUAAGCUGCUGCGUCUCCUGCAGUGCUACCCUCCUCCUGAGGAUGGCGCUGUUAAAGGCCGCCUGGUGGAGUGUCUGGAGACCAUUCUCAACAAAGCCCAGGAACCUCCCAAGUCCAAGAAGGUGCAGCACUCCAACGCCAAGAACGCCAUCCUGUUCGAAGCUAUCGCGCUCAUCAUUCACUACGACAGUGAGCCGAACCUGCUGGUGCGGGCGUGUAAUCAGCUGGGUCAGUUCCUGCAGCACAGAGAGACUAACCUGCGUUACCUGGCCCUAGAGAGCAUGUGCACACUCGCCAGCUCGGAGUUCUCCCACGAGGCCGUCAAAACACACAUUGAGACCGUCAUCAACGCCCUCAAGACGGAGCGUGAUGUGAGCGUGCGUCAGAGGGCAGCUGAUCUGCUCUACGCCAUGUGUGACCGCAGUAACGCUAAGCAGAUCGUGGCUGAGAUGCUGAGUUACCUGGAGACGGCGGACUACUCCAUCCGUGAGGAGAUGGUGCUGAAGGUGGCCAUCCUGGCUGAGAAGUACGCAGUGGACUACUCCUGGUACGUGGACACCAUCCUCAACCUGAUUCGCAUCGCCGGCGACUACGUGAGUGAAGAGGUGUGGUACCGCGUCAUCCAGAUCGUCAUCAACCGUGACGACGUGCAGGGCUACGCCGCCAAGACCGUCUUUGAGGCCCUACAGGCUCCGGCGUGUCAUGAGAACAUGGUGAAGGUCGGGGGUUACAUCCUCGGAGAGUUUGGGAACCUUAUUGCUGGCGAUCCUCGUUCCAGUCCAUUGGUUCAGUUUAACCUGCUCCACUCCAAGUUCCACCUGUGUUCGGUUCCCACUCGCGCUCUGCUCCUCUCCGCCUACAUAAAGUUCAUUAAUCUGUUCCCCGAGACGAAGAGCACCAUCCAGGAGGUCCUGCGCUGUGACAGUCAGAUCAGGAACAGUGACGUGGAGCUUCAGCAGAGAGCCGUGGAGUAUCUCAAACUCUCCUCCAUCGCCAGCACCGACGUCCUGGCCACAGUGCUGGAGGAGAUGCCCCCGUUCCCUGAGAGAGAGUCCUCCAUCUUGGCCAAGCUGAAGAAGAAGAAGGGUCCGGGUGCCGUGUCCGGCGCCGAGCUGGAGGACGGGAAGAGAGAGGGUGGAGAGCUGAAUGGAGGAGGAGGAGGAGGAGGAGGAGAGCGGUCCGGAGACGGCUCUGCAAUUGCAGCGUCCAACGCAUCCACUCCUUCUCCUUCAGCCGAUCUCCUCGGUCUCCGCUCCUCCGCCCCUGUCAGUGCGGCCCCGCCCAGUUCUGGUAGCCUAUUGGUGGAUGUGUUCUCGGAGGCGGGGCCUGCUGCUCCAGCCGCUGCGGUCAGUGAUGAUGGCUUCCUCAGCUCUGCUCCUCCCUCUGUGGCCUCUGAAGAUCCCACUCCUCCUCUACCAGAGUCAGACGAGCUGCUUAACAAGUUUGUGUGUAAGAAUAAUGGAGUUCUGUUUGAGAAUCAGCUGCUCCAGAUCGGCAUUAAGUCAGAGUAUCGCCAGAACCUCGGGAGGAUGUACUUGUUCUAUGGCAAUAAGACGUCAGUGCAGUUCGUCAGCUUCACAACCACUGUUAGCUGCCCAGGAGAACUUCAGUCUCAGUUGAACGUUCAGCUGAAACCUGUGGAUCCUCUGGUGGAAGGUGGAGCUCAGGUGCAGCAGGUCAUCAACAUCGAGUGUCUGACUGACUUCUGCGAAGCACCACUUCUCAACAUCAAGUUCAGGUACGGUGGAGCUCUGCAGAACCUCACACUCAAACUCCCCGUCACCAUCAACAAGUUCUUCCAGCCCACUGAGAUGGCCUCACAUGACUUCUUUCAGCGCUGGAAACAACUCAGCCUGCCCCAGCAGGAAUCACAGAAGAUCUUUAAGGCAAAUCACGCCAUGGAUACAGAAGUGCUCAAAGCCAAGUUGUUGGGAUUAGGUACAGCUCUUCUGGAGAACGUGGAUCCGAACCCUGAGAACUUUGUGUGUGCUGGAGUGAUUCAGACCAAGGCGCAGCAGGUGGGCUGUCUCCUGAGACUCGAACCCAACGCACAGGCCCAGAUGUACCGGUUGACUCUGCGCAGCAGUAAGGACACCGUCUCUAAGCGUCUGUGUGAGCUGUUGGCGGAACAGUUCUAGAACGCGGCUCUAGAACCGGUGCGCAGACCAUCACAUUGGAGAACCAGACCAGCCCCCCUCCCCCCACCCCACCCCACCCCACCCCACCCAGAACAUUCUCUGUUCGUACAUACAGAAGGGAAAAACAACUGCCUGUCCACGGCGGCCAUGAUUACUGUCCUCUUCCUGAUUAUUAUUGUACAUCAUCUUCAUCAGCGCUACCGUUCCUGUUUUUAAUCGGUGUUUACCUGCGCGCGCGCGCGCGUGUGUGGGGGUGUGUGUGUGUGUGUGUGUGUGUGUGUUGUACUGAGUGAAAGGAAAGAAAGACCGACCAAUCUCUUUCUCUGUGUGUGUGUGUGUGUGUGUGUGUGUGUGUGUGUGUAAUCUGCAACAUUUCAACCUGUAAACAUUCCUGAGACAUUGUUAGGACACACACACACACACGUCACGCUGCACAUGCACUGAUUUGUUGGAACAUUCCACGUUGACUAGUUAUGGGGGGUCUCUGGGAGAAAUAAAACACUGCAGUCGGAAUACACUAAAUAAAGGCGUCACUACACCUCCUCUCCGUCUCUUAUCUCUCCUCCGAUCUGCCUCCUCUCUCCGUCGCUCUCCUCCUCUCCGUCUCUUCCCUCUCUCGCUCUCUCCAGAGCCGAUGGCACUCAGUGGGACGUGUGUGGGGUUCUGAGUGUGUUGUGUCGUUACUGUGACCCUGAGGUUCCACGAAACCGAGUGCAGGCCAGUGCACUGUACAGGCGUGGAGAGAACCGAGGCGUCUGUAGACCCGUCCCUGAUCUAGCGCACUUCUCCCUCGAUUAUAACCGUGGUUAAUGAAGUCAUUCCCUGUUUAAAAUAUAAAUGUAAAAAUGACGGCCUGUCUUUGGCUGUGUUUCUGUCUCUUUUUCUUAGUUUUGAUAGUUGUGUUGUGGAAGCAAUCGUUUUCAGGCAUUCGAUUAAAUGUGUAGUGUGUCGCGUACGCAGGCGUGGGGGGUGGGGGUGUAGGACCGUACAGGACCAGGAGAUAAACAUUACAGGAGCAGGGAGAACUGUUUAAUGUCAGCGCUGAUAAUCACACUGACGUCCACGCAGAUGAUCCGCUUCAGCUGCGUUACUGUAACAGCACUUAUCUCACAACACUAAUGUUUAGAACACAAAUACUCCGAGCACACCACAACAUUUAACUCCUCUGUGUGUGUGUGUGUGUGUGUGUGUGUGUGUGUGUGAGAUUAUUACAGAUCAGAACUGAAUCUGUAUUCUGACUGCACUGAUAAAAGAGCAGAAAUCCCGUUUAUUCCAAAUUCAGUAAUAACGGAAAUGUAAAUGCAGCUGUUGGCCUCAGUAAAGGUUCAGAUUGCGCGACUCUAACAGUGAAACUCGAACCUGCAGCCGCUCCACAGGAACAGUGGCGGUGUUCGGGUGACACAGACGCCAGUGAGAAUCUUCCCCAGUCUGUUCUCGUGGGCUUUUAAUCUUUAAACCUUAACUUUCACAUGCUGCAGUAACUCAGUAAAAAGAAGUUCCAGUUCCUUUACCCUUUCCUGAAGGGUUUGUGGUAUCCCUACGCCAUCAGAGACACACAACUACCACAAACUCCCCCCUCUGAACAAACUCUGUUUAAAUCACACACACACACACACACACACACACACACACACAUCGAGAGAGAGGAGAGAGAGAUUAGAGUGAAAUGUGUGACAGACCUACAGGAUGUAAGCAGUUUCCAGCUGUCAGUCACACGUACAGGAACAGCACAGUGUGUGUGUGUCUGUGUGUGUGUGUGUGUGUGUGUGUGUGAGAGAGCGAGAGAAUUUAUUGGAGAUUUAUGAGACAUUUAUGUCAUUAGUUAAAUGAAGUCACUGUUUCCCCUCACUGCACCGCUGCCAUGAUGGGACUUUGUCAUUGUAGUGUAGAAUCAUUGUCACGGUGUGUGUGUGUGUGUGCGGGUGUGUGUCUUUGCAGUAUCCGCUAGCUAAUGCAGCCCCAGUCUAUCGGUGUUGAACCUGUCAGAUACCUGUGUUAGAUGAAAUUUACUCUGUACUGAAUAAUGUGAAAGUAAACUAUGCCAUAUACUCCA